AUGUCUUCUCACACUAUGCCAAUUGUUGAAGAAUUAGCUAAGGACUAUGCAAAUUAUUUAAAAAUAGAUUUAUCCAGUCAAAUGAAAAAUUUUCAUGAAACGAUCGAAGAUGUAAUGAUGCGUUUAGAAGAAUUUCAAUCAAUUAUUGAAAUGGUCCAGUCUGAAAAUAGUCAAUGUAUUGAUCACCACAUUCCAAGGUUACAAAGCAUGCAACAAGAAGUUGUAAAUCUUAGCAGACGAAUAGAUGCUUUAGAACAUGUUAUAGCAAUGGUUAAUGUAAAUCUAGCAACACUAGAAGCAGCUGUUGAUAAUGCUGAAGCUGAGCUAGGAGUAUCUGACAGAUUAUUUGGAAUGUUAAAUCGUUUACCUUUCUUUAAAAAGACCCAAGAACCUGUGGUACCAAAUAAAUUACCAACGUAUGAACCUCCAACAAUUUAUAAAACUAAUGAUUAUUUUAAAAAUGAAUGAACAGAAUAUUUUAUUUUAAGGAAGAAUAAUAGAUAUAUCAAUUAUUUUCAUACAUCAAUGUAU